UGUAGAAAGAGUUGUUCCCCUUGAACAGAUGACGCUACCAAUAUUUAGUUCAACGUCACCACUUUCCUCUUUCCAGUUAGAAUCCACACUAUCAACAUGCCUUUGCCAUCAGGAAGCUCAACAUCAGUAGGUGCUGGAGGCCGAGCAGCUGCCUCAGCUAAAUCUUUAUCUCCAAGAAGUGGGGGAACAGUAGCCCGACAAAGAAAACCAGGUAGUACUCCUGCAGCUAGCUCACGUAAAACGGCAGGAAGUAGUGCUGGCAUGUGGAAAUUUUACACAGAAGAUUCUCCUGGUAUUAAAGUGGGACCAGUACCCGUUCUAGUCAUGAGUCUCUUAUUCAUUGCUUCAGUGUUCAUGUUACACAUCUGGGGAAAAUACACAAGGUCAUAAACAGAAUGGAUAUUACUCACAAACAUUUUUUUAAAAAAACAAAAAGAUUAAAGGAAUAAGGACUUAUAAAAAGAAUGGACAAUGAUUUUACGUUUGUUAAGGAUUGGAAAGUGAUUUGAAUUUUAUCGUCAAACAACUCUAAAGACUUCAUUUCAUUGUUUAUACAUGUUUUACACACAUGUAUUUAUUGUACAUUUAAUCAGAACCUCAAUUCCAAAGAAGAGGCCUGUCUAGAUUUGUUAUGUAUAUGUGUAUGUAUCAUUUAUGACAGAUUUUAUGAGGAAAAAUAAAAGUAUUUAUAAGAAA